AUGUCAUGUGACUAUAUAUUUAAAGCGGCCUUGAUCGGGGAUUGCGAAGUUGGAAAAUCAAAUAUCCUUCUUAGAUAUACAGAGAAUAAAUUCAAAGAGAUGUAUGAUAUGACGAUAGGUGUUGACUUUGGAAUGAAGCUUUUCAAUAUUAAUGGAGUAACAAUAAAACUUCAAUUGUGGGAUACUUCUGGCAAUGAGCCAUUUAUAUCAUUUGUUAGGGCUUAUUGAGUAGGUGUUGCAGCCACAAUCUUUAUUUAUGAUAUCACAAAUAGAGAAAGCUUUGAUCAACUAGACGGCUGAGUCUCUGAUGUAACUCGUGUUGCUCCUAGAAAGGUCGUAGGAGUUAUAGUAGGAAAUAAAAUUGAUAAAAUAGGGGAAAGGAAAGUUUUAUUUGAAGAAGGCCAAAACUUUGCAAAUGAUCACCAAAUGAUUUAUUUAGAAACUUCAGCUAAAACAGGGUGGAAUAUUGAGAAUUUGUUUAAAUUUGUUUCUGUAGAAAUUUUAGCAAAGUUAAGAAAUGGGCUGAUAAACAUAGAGGACACAAAAAACUGGGAUUAAAUUCCUCACUUAAAAAUGGCAGCCAACCUGCUCCCUUAAAAUCUAUUCCCAGACGAUAGCGUGGGGCCCUUGUUGAAUACUUGGUCUGGUGGAGAGCUAUGCUGGGCUGACAGACUGCAGGCUCACAUCCAGGCAAAGGAUCUCGAGGGAAGAUGGAAAUUGGAACUUGGAAAGGGAUUGCCCAUCAAGGCAAGAAGGCGUUCGCUCAGCCAUGUUGGUAGUGCGAUACCAGAGUUUGCUUCCUGGGCUACAAGUUUCAUUGGGCGAUAACCUGACCAGAAAAUCCACUUUUAGAAUUUUCGCUGGAAAUGGCAACCCAUUGACUUACUGAACGGUGGCCCAGAGCCUUACCUCCAGGUCGCGAGUAUAAGCCCUCAUCAGAAGGAGCAGCACAUGCCUUAAGGCUGCAGAACUGGACUAGCAGGCAUGAGGAUGGAUUCAAGCAAGCCAUGGCUGGUCGGAAGCUACUCUAUAUAUAAUCUGGGAUUGUAUUCCGAAAUAAAUUGGAGAGCAAUUAA